AUGUCGUCAACGAGAACAGGUCGUUCUUAUCAAGACAAAAAUAAAGAAGAAAAUGUUGAAAAGGAGAGUACUUUGAAACGAUUCACAAAAUCAACAGCAAGAAGGUGCUCACCUGGAUCUUUGUUAUCUGUUAUACAAGGAUUCAGUGAUGUUCAAAAGGAUUAUGUUAGAAAGAUGGGUUUUGGGGAUCUUCUAAAGAUGAAGAUGAUAGAUGUGCCAGGGGCAUUAAAUAGAGUGAGUUCUGCAGUUUUAAAAGUUAAGAGAACACGUCCACUCAUAUGCCACUGGACUACAGAGAAGGUUAAGAUGAGAGAAGAUUAUGAGAAAGAAGAGAUUGGUGAAUUUGGAACAGGGGAAUUGAAUGAAGAAUUCAUACAAGAAGAAUUGAAUGAGAAGGAUUAUCAAGAAAUGAUUCUGAUGAAGUGUAGGAAGUUCAAAUUGUUGAUUGAUAAUGGAAUUUAUACUUUCCCACAAAAUACAAUAUUAAAUCAUUUGAAAAGUAGUUUCAUAGAAAUUUUAAAUGAUGAGGAUGGAGAUGAUGAAGAUAAUGAAGAUGAUAAAGGUGGUGAUAAUGAAGAAAAUGAAGGUGAUAAUGAUGAUGAUGAUGAAGUUAAUGAUGAUCAUAAUAAUGAAAAAGUUAAUGAUGAUGAAGAUGUUGAAGGCUGUGAGAAUAAUCAAGGUGGAGAUAUAAAUGAUGUACAAAAAAAGUAUAUGGGAGGCAAAAGCAUUCAAGGACAAGGGGAAGAGAUCAAAAAGACGAGGUCUUCAAGAAUCAGUAAUAUGGUCAAGGAAUUCCACAAAAUGCUGAAUUUGUUGCCAAAGUUGCCAAAAGAUCUUCUUCUUUAA